AUGAGAUCAAAGGAUAAUAAUGAGUUAACAAUUGGUGUGGUUUCUUUAAUUUUCCUUUUGUUUGAGACUUUAAUAAUAGAUUUCGUCUAUAAUUUACACUUAUUUCAACUUGUUAUAUACCAACUCAUAUUAUUUAACUGCCAUCUAGCAAUGGGAAUUUUAACGAUUUUUUUAUUUUUGUUUAUUCAGGCAAUUUCCGGAAUGAAAACAGCCGGAAACACAUGCCGCCUUCCUUCAUUAAACAACGCCAUGAGCAGGUGUGUUCAAACCCUGAAGAAUAUAUCGAACAAUUUACUGACAAUGAAUAAACAUACAAUUCACAACUUUAACGUGAGGAAAACGUUUGAUUUUGGAAAUCACGUGUUUAACCUGAAUUUGAUGUCGACAGACGAUAUCAUCAAGCCGGUUAUGUACUCCAAUGAAGACACACUUGACCCUAACGUUAAGCCUAAAUACACGAACAACUAUGUUGAUUUCAACGAGUUAUCAGUAAACUAUACAGCUAAAAUCGAUAAUAUAACCACUUGUACUUCUAACGUAGUAAUUGAUUUACCAAGAACACUACAACUCACACUUAAAGGGCUCAAUGGUGAGAUUAAAGCUGUCGAUGUUAGCACCAGCGAUGUUCUAAAAAGGCUGGAUUUCAUUCUUAGAUAUCGCAAUUCACUAGUUGGAACAUCAUUCAACUUACGCUCAAGGGAGAAGAGCGUGGAGUUGGUUCAGAGAUUGGAGGAAGUCUAUAAGUUAAGUGGCAAGAGCAUCGAUUUAAUUCCAAAGUUGGAAGUCGCACUCGACAAAAACAACAAAAUGUCCACUAGAGCAUGCCUGGUAAUAAAAAGGGAUAAAUUAACAUUUACACCAAUCGUUCAUCUAAACCAAAGAAAAUGCGAAAUCGCUGCGGAAGCAAAUCUGACUAAUGAAGUUAAGUUUUCAAUGUUUCUAAGCAAGGAUAAUCAUUUGUACAUGAGCCUUAGCUAUGACUCAAACUGGGGAAAACAUUCAUGGCAGCAGCUCUCUCUAAGAUUCGUGUUAUCGGACGUAUUGAAAUGUUACUCCUACUUACAGAAUGAAAUCCGCUUCUAA